CUCAAUGAAAAAAAAAUAUGUCUGACGAUGAAUGCAUGUACGAUGACGACGAAGAAUAUGAUUUAGAAUAUUCUGAAGAAAGUAACUCUGAACCAGAUGUUGACUUAGAAAAUCAAUACUACAAUUCUAAAGCACAGAAAGAUGAUGACCCAAGGCAAGCCCUAGAAAGUUUUCAAAAGGUUUUAGAUUUGGAAGGAAAGGAUAAAGGAGAAUGGGGGUUCAAAGCUUUGAAACAGAUGAUAAAAAUAAACUUCAAACUGGGGCACUUUGAUGAAAUGAUGAGGCGUUAUCAGCAGCUACUGACCUACAUUAAAUCAGCUGUGACAAGGAAUUACUCAGAGAAGUCUAUUAAUUCCAUCCUGGAUUACAUAUCGACUUCAAAACAGAUGGAGUUGCUGCAGAAUUUUUACGAAACAACAUUGGAUGCUUUAAAGGAAGCAAAGAAUGAAAGAUUGUGGUUUAAAACAAAUACGAAGCUGGGUAAACUGUAUUAUGACAGAGAAGAUUAUAACAAAUUACAGAAAAUAUUAAAACAGCUCCAUCAAUCUUGUCAGACAGAUGAAGGUGAAGAUGAUCUAAAGAAAGGGACACAACUCUUGGAAAUUUAUGCCUUGGAAAUCCAGAUGUACACAGCCCAGAAAAACAAUAAAAAAUUAAAAGCAUUAUAUGAACAGUCCUUACAUAUUAAGUCAGCAAUUCCACAUCCUUUAAUUAUGGGAGUAAUAAGAGAAUGUGGUGGCAAGAUGCAUUUAAGAGAAGGAGAAUAUGAGAAAGCACACACAGACUUUUUUGAAGCUUUUAAAAACUAUGAUGAAUCUGGGAGUCCAAGGAGAACAACUUGUUUGAAAUACCUGGUUCUGGCCAACAUGCUGAUGAAAUCAGGCAUCAAUCCAUUUGAUUCCCAGGAAACUAAGCCAUACAAAAAUGACCCAGAGAUCCUUGCAAUGACUAAUUUGGUGAGCUCCUAUCAGAAUAAUGACAUAAAUGAAUUUGAGAAGAUACUUAAAACUAACAGAAGAAAUAUUAUGGAAGAUCCAUUCAUCAGAGAACACAUUGAAGAUUUACUUCGAAACAUCAGAACACAAGUGUUAAUAAAACUAAUUAACCCAUACACAAGAAUACAGAUUCCUUUUAUAUCAAAAGAAUUGAAUAUAGAGCCUGCAGAAGUGGAAAAUUUACUGGUUUCCUGUAUACUGGAUAAUGCCAUUCAUGGAAGAAUUGAUCAAGUUAACCAGGUUUUAGAAUUACGACGAGAAUCAACAUGUGCCAGAUACAAUGCUUUAGAUAAAUGGACACAACAAUUAUCCAGUCUCCAUGUGGCUGUUAUCAACAAAACAGCUUAACUAGAAAAACUGGAUAGCGAAAAACAUACUUGACAGUGUUGCACUGUGAAAUUCAUUCUUGAAUGUUUAAGUGAAAUAAUAAAAAACUCUUUAAGUUGGAUCUGUAUUUAUCCAUGAAAAAAGAUGAGUGAAACCCAGACUUUGAUAAAGAUAAGCAGGAAUAUAAGUAAACAAAGAACAAAAAUAUCAUGAAAUAAUAUUAGAAGUUGAAGAAUGGGGGAGAAUUUACCACCAGGCCCAGUGAAAAUAUAAACUUAUGUGCAUGUCCUGCUUCUAUUUAUAUAAUCUUCUUGUCUUUUUCUAUAAAAAGAUAAUUGUGUUUUACAAGUGCUAUAUAUUGAAUUUAACACUGAAUACAAAUAAAAGAAAGUAACAUUUAUUUCACUGUGUGUCUACACUUUUAAUAUGUUUUUGUAUGAUCAUUCAUAUAUUUAUUUAAUUAUGAGAUUGUAAUAAUGCAGUAAAUUUACAAAUUCUG